AUGCCCGGACACGCCAAGAGGAGAAGCAUGGCAGAAAAUGGAGAUGCUGGGGAGGACUCGCUCCUCGCUACGUCGAUCGGGAACGGGAUGGAUUUGGGUCCAGUCGUGAGGCAUGCUUUUGAAGUGGGGCGGCCUGAAGCUCUCCUCCAACAGCUCAAGAGUGCUGUGAAGAAGAAAGAAGUUGAAAUUGAGGAUCUGUGCAAGACCCAUUAUGAGGAAUUCAUCCUCGCAGUCGAUGAGCUUCGCGGCGUCUUGGUUGAUGCUGAGGAGCUGAAAAGCGAGCUGUCGAGUGAUAAUUUUAGGCUGCAAGAGAUUGGGAGUGCUUCUUUGCUUAAGGUCGAUCAGCUUCUUGAGUCCUACUCGAUCAACAAGAAUGUGACAGAAGCCAUCAAGAUGUCAAAGAACUGUGUGCAAGUGUUGGAGCUUUGUAAGAAGUGCAACAAUCACAUUUCUGAGGGCAGAUUCUACCAUGCUUUGAAAAUUGUUGAUGUGCUUGAAGGGAAGUGCUUGCAUAGCGUCCCAGUGAAGGCGCUAAGGAUGGUGAUACAGAACAGAAUACCAAUUAUAAAACUGCAUAUUGAGAAGAGGGCAUGUAGUGAUUUUAAUGAAUAG